AACCUUUCGGCUAUUGAACGAGAGAGAGAGAGAGAGAUUGGUCUGUUGCUCUGUGCGCUGUCGUCUGGCUGUGAGCACCGAGGGAAAUUCUUAAAGGAAGACGAUUUCCUCUCCCCAUCUCCCACACCCACAAUUCAUAGAGAAAGAGAGAGAGAGAGUCAUCGUUUCAACCACGAAGUUGUAAUCGAAUGGAAGAUCAAAAAGAGAAGAAUAUGCCAUGGAUGUCAGUCCCACAAUUCGGGGACUGGGAGCAAAAGGGCGUAAUGCCAGACUACUCUAUGGAUUUCUCGAAAAUAAGGGAAAUGAGGAAGCAGAACAAGAGGGAUGUAUCAAGAGCCAGCUUGGGGAAUGAAGAAGAGCUCAUCUCUUCUACCACAAGGACUGAUAAUACAGCGAAUAUCGAUCCUCUUCCUCAUUAUCAUCAUAGCACUCACUCCCCAACUACUGCGAGGAGGAGCAUCUUCAGCUGCUUCAACUGUUGUGUGAAGGCCUAAAGGAGAGAGAUCAUUAAUCAGAAUGAACAAACCAAUGCACAUAGCAAUUGUAACAUAUGAAUUGCUGAUUGUAUUUGUAGCAAAGGAGGGUUUCUGAAAGUGUUGUUUGGGGUCUAUUUAGAAUUGGAUGUGGAUGGUUGAUUCUCUUCUUAUUUAUAUUACUUAAUACAAGUAUUUAUUAGA